AUGUCCACUGCUGAUUCCGCAGAGGCAAACAUUAGGAAAAAGCAAGCCGAGUCCGUUUUUCUGGGUGUGCAACUCCUCCUCGUCCCCUGCAUCCCCCUGAAGCAGGUGGUGGUGUACCACGAUGUCAACCUGGAUUUGGAGUUUCUUAGCUUCAUUGGCAACCAGGAGUCUGUGAGCACUGGUGGCUUCUUAGGCCUGGAACCUCUUUUUGGGAAGCCUCAUGGGUCUCAGACAGCUGUGCCCUUCCCGCUCCCCUCCAGCUGCCAGAUGGCCAGAGUUCUCCCGUGCCCUGGAAUGUGUCCCUCCCUGACCCCUCCUGGUGACCAGAGCCAAGCCAAGAAGUCUGUGCUCUCUUCCCAACGCAUCCACGUGGAGCAGCUGGACAUUGGUGUUGAUACUUAUUGUGCCCCCCCCCUCCCCCCCCCCCCCCCCCCCCACAACCGUCCAGCCUCCUGCCAUUGCCAGCAGGGCUCAGUUGCCUGGAGCCCGUUCAGCCCAUCCCCCAGUUCACUUUGUUUGUGGGAUCUCCCCGUUGCUCCUGUCUCUGGACGGAGUGGCAGGCCAUCCUACAAGCAUCCAGACACUUGGCAUCAGUGGUGUCAAGACAACUCCAAGAAGGUUUUCCGUGAUCCUUCAAGCCCUCCGUUCCUUCCUGGUGAUCUUGCCUUCAAUUUGAUUGUACAGGUACCACAGCAAGCCAGUGCUGUGUGCUCCAAAUUCCAGGGCGUCCUGCAGCUCCGCCCCUGCACUGAGCACAAGGAAUCUGUGUGGGGCCCAGGAGCAGGGAGUCACCCCUUUGGGACGUACAACACCCAGCUGUCCCCAGACUCGUGUCCAGGGAAGAUCGUGUUGAGGGGACUUAAGGAGAGCGGGGCAGGGAUGCCUGAGCAGGACAAGGACCCCAGAGUCCAAGAGAACCCUGAUAAGAGAAGGGUCCCCUUGGUCACCAGGGAUGCACGGUCUGCAUUUCGGCCCCUGCGGGACAAUGGAGGUCUCUCUCCUUUUGUGCCCAGGCCUGGGCCACUGCAGAGAGACCUCCAUGCCCAGACCUCCUGGACGGGCUCGUGCACCAAACGAAAUGCUAUCUCGAGCUCCUACAGCUCCAUGGGAGGCUUCCCGUGGCUAAAGAGGAGGAGGGGGCCAGCCUCAUCCCACUGUCAGUUGAUCCUCAGUUCCUCAAAGACAGUGAGUGAGGACAGGCCUCAGGCUGUCCCUUCGGGUCACACCCAGUGUGAAAAGGUGGCAGAUACAACACCAGGGCAGACACUCGCCCCCAGGAAUGGCUCCCCCAGAUCCCAGGCCUCUAGGCCCUGUAGACGCAAGUUUCCCCUGCUGCCACGCAGGCAAGGGGAGCCUCUGAUGCUGCCACCUCCCUUAGAGCUGGGGUUCCGGGUCACUGCUGAAGACCUGGACCUGGAGAAGGAGGCGGCGUUCCAGUGCAUCAACAGUGUACUGCGGGGUGAGGCCAAGGCCAUCUGGGACUGCAGACCCUCACGGCCUUCCUACACUUUGUCCUUACUUGAAACUGGGACUUGUGGUCUCCCUGCUGUUUCUGAAGCACUGAGCAUGGAUGCACAGCAGGAGAGAGACAAGUCCCAAGACUCCCGGGGCCCACUGGUCCCCCUAGCUUUUGCUGCAGAGGCUCCCUCUACAGCUCCUGUGUCUGGGAAGAAGCACAGACCACCAGGCUCCCUGUUCUACUCAGAUCCCCUUUCUGCCACCUCUUCCCACUCCCAGGAUCAGGUCACCUCACUGAUUCCUGCCCCCUUGCCAGCUACAAGCAUGGAGGGCAGCAUGAGAAGCCCAAGGCCUGGCACUUCUGGAGCCAGUUCCAGCCCUGCAGCCACGCCCACGGGCUUUGGGAGCAGAGAGCCAGCCCCAGCUCUGAGUUCCCUCAGAAGAAAAUCGGUAAAGAGAAAGGCCCCGAGCACCACCCAUGACAAUGGGGCAUGAGGGGGCCUGAACACCAGGGGCCCCCCAGGCUGAGCACAUCCUUGGUGACUGCAGGAACUGGCACAGGGAGUAACUCUGUUGGGUGGCAUUUUGGUCUUUACUUUCCAUCACAUCCCUGGGGGACCAUUUAAGCAGACACCCCCAAUUGCAAGUCGGGGACCCAGUGCCACAGCAAACGAGGCAGGCUGCACGUGCAAGUCUGGGCCGGCCUCUGACCCAAGCAACCCCACUUCCCGCGUGGGCACAGCAAGGAGGAACCUGGCCUCUUAAGGCUCCCUCGUGCGCUGUCAGGGGUUCUGCUGGACACAGGUCCAAUGGGCCAUCGUCCAGCUCAUCCUUCUCCAUGUUGGGCUUUUGAGCCCGUCAUAAAUUCCUUGCCUAGAGUGAAGUCCAGGAGAGUUUUCUUUAGAUUUCCUUCUAAUAUUCUUGUAGUUUCGCAUCUUACAUUCAAGUCUUGGAUCUCUCUCGAGGUGAUUUUUGUACAUGCUGAGAGAUAAGCGUCCAGGUUCGUUCUUCUGCAUGUGGCUGCCCAACCCUCCCAGUACCAUUCAUUGAAGAGGGUGUCCUUUCCCCAGUGUGUGUUUCUGUCGGCUCUGUCAAAGAUCAACUGGCUGUGAACAUGUGGCUGUGUUUCUGGGCUCUCUCAUCUGUCCCGUUGAUCUAAGUGUCUAGUUUUACGCUAGGAUUAUACCAUUUUGGUAACUAUGUACUUGUCAAACAUUUUGUGGUUGUAAUUUGCAGUGAAAUGGGAUGCCUCUAGUUUUGCUGUUUUUGCUGAGGAUGACUUUGGGUCUUUGAGCUCUUUUUUUUUUUAGUCCUUUUUUGUGAAUUUCAGGACUUUCCAAUUCUGUGAGUGGUGACAUUGGUAUUUUGGUAGGGGUUGUAUUAAAUCUCUAGACGCUUGGGGCAGUGUGGUCAUUUUGAUGCUAUGAAUUCCUACCAUGAGCAUGAAAUGAUUGUCCAUUUCUUUCUCUCCUCUUAAACAUUUUCUCAGUGUUUUGUAGUUUUCCUUCUAGAAAUCUUUCACCUCCUUGGUAAAAUUUCUUCUGUGGCAUACGUUUUUCCAUUUUGUUGCUAUUGUAAAUGGGAUCGCCUUCUUAAUUUCUUUCCCAACCAGACCAUUAUUGGUGUAUAGAAAUGCUGCUGAUUCUUGUUGUUGUUGUUGAUUCUAUAUUCUGCAAAUGGCUGUAUUAAUUUAUUUAUCAGGUCUAGGAGUUUUCUGGUGGAGCCUUUACAUGUUUCUAAAUCCAAGAUCACAUCUUCAUCAGACAAGGAUAAUUUGAUGUCUUCUUUUCCAAUGUGGAUGCCUUUUAUUGUGUUCUCUUGCCUGAUUGUGCGAUGUCGAAUAGGAGUGGUGAGAACGGGCAUCCUCAUCUUGUUCCUGUUUACAGAGAAAAUGCUUUCAACUUUUCCCAAUUCUGUAGUAGGUUAUCUAUGGCUUUGUCAUAUACAGCUUUUAUUAUUUUCAGGUAUGUUGGGGGUUUUUUGCUGUUAUUUAUUUUUGUUUUUUGAAAUGGAAUCUGGCUCUUGCCACCAAGGCUGG